GGGAGAUCUUCGCCAAGUGAACGAAACACGAGCGGAGGGAGAGAGAGAAGGAGGGACCGAGUGCACGCUGGAUAACACGAGUCAACGGCUGUGCUUCAGUAACUAACGGAGCCGUCGGCUUUGUCCCAACUUCCCUCUGGAAGUCUCCAAAUUGUUCAGGUAGUUUAAAAACAAGCGAACCGUUUUUUUUGGGAAGGGAACCCGCUUCGACCGCAAGAUGAACUCAUUGGGAAAAUCUUCCAAAUGGCCGUCUUAUGACUCACUACCCUCCACCUCGAGCUUCCUCCCCAGCGAGAGCGAGCAGACUGAGGACGAAGCAGAUGUCUUCUCGGAGGGAGAGGGGGACGGCGGAAUGAGAAAGUCUGCGUCGGCCUACGAGAGAAUCACACUUUCUGGGAAUUACCUCCAUUCCCCACCUCGUUCAGAUCAGCUGCACUCAAAGUCAGAGUGUGACGAGUCGGAACACUGCCCCGACAAAACCAAACAUCCAGACUCAGUGUCUUCUCUGGGACCUGCCGCCCUGAGAUCAUCAUCAGCGACACCGGGGGAUCUGGCGUUCGCUCAGAAAUGUGCAGAUUUGCACAGGUUUACCUAUCCUUUGCUUGAGCUUCUGCAUGGACUGAAGAGCGGACGAUUUGACAGAGGUUUAACCAGUUUCCAGCAGAGUGUCGCCAUUGACAGACUACAGAGGAUUCUUGGGAUUCUGCAGAAACCUGAAAUGGGUGAGAAAUAUCUUCAAAAUCUGCUGCAAAUAGAGAUCCUGCUCAAAAUGUGGUUCCCUCAGAUGGCAUUUAAGUCCUCAGACACGCCGAAUGAAACCACCACUCCUAAACUUGGACCGCACUGGCACCAAAAUCAACUCCACAUGCCAGUUAAGAAGAGAAAACUGAGCUGGUCUGACCCUGACCAGCCGGGCAAAGUUCCAGCCAAGCAUUAUCACCGUCAACAUGGAAAGCAUGGGAGCUGCCACGCUGCAACUUUGCUCGACGGGGUUUCCACGUGUCUACCUGGAUCAUCGAAAAAACAGAAAACUCCGGAAGACGCGACAGCCGAAGCAGCUGGGGACAGCCGUGCAGCCGGACAUGAGUUUACAGGCAUGCCGUCUUAUUUAUGUAGCAGGAGAGAAAAUCCGAGUCGGAAGCAGCCUCAGAUUUGUCCGCCCUCCUUGUGCGGCAGUCCAGCUACACAGGACAGCUCAGUGUCCUCAAGCAAUACCAUAACUACAACUGACUCACCUUAGCUGGCCUUAGCUGACCUUGCUAUCACAUGGAGGUGCCUCGGAGUGAAGGCAGAGGGCGGACUCGGUUGCAUAAGCAUGAAGUUAGGCGCUGAGCCAACCUAUGAUGGCUGCAAGGCACAUUAAACCAGAAGAGGAGGAGGAGGAAAAAUAGAGACACUCUUUAACCCCUAACUGUCCAGCGUGGUUUUUAAUAACACCUGAGUUAUUGCACUACAUUUACCAGGAACUGUAUGUUGUUUGUAAGAGUAACACUUUUGUACACGUCGACUUUUCAAGACUUAAGUUAAAAAAUGUUGGAAGUACUUUACAAGUGUGAUGCGUUCAAGCAGUCUGUGCUCCGUUUUGUACCUUUUUUAUAUCAUGUAAUGCAUCUCGACCAGUAACGGUAAAGGAUCUGAUUGCUUUAGCGAGUGUGAGGAAACACAGAGGAUUAUUGUUGGCAAAGCUCAAACAAUUCAGUCAGUUGUAUGUAAGAUACUUAGCUGUAAAUGCUCUGAAUUGGUUCCAACUGCCGAAAACAUGCCAAAUGUUCCUUCUUCUUCAGUAUCUUAAGAAGGACAUUUUUGGUAUUUGAGUUUAUCAGUGGUCCCGAUGCCAUUACAAAAUAUUAAAGUAGUGAACACAGGUGAUUAAAAAUGCCAUUUGGAAUACUUAAAUAUGUUUUCCAGCUGACUGAUUGUAAAAGACAUGUAGCCACUGCCAAAGUGUGCCAAACAAAACCAUUUUGCAUUAUCCUAUCUUACGCAGCUUACUCUGUCGUCACUGUAACGCACACGUAGCAUCUUUGUUUCUAGCUGCAACACAGAAAAUACUGCAUCCUGACUGAUGAAUACUUAUUGAGUUUGGUGAGGAUGCUGAUUAGACGUUAUUCCGUCAGUUGCUUCUUUAUGUAGCCAGUGAGUGAACUCGUUGUAGGUAGACUUGAAAACGUAUUAUUUUAUUACUCUUGAGUCACUUUUUUCGGGAGUAACCUAUUUGAGCCUGAUUGAAUUUAAAUCGAUGCAACUGCACUUUGGAUGACAAUGAGGAAAUGUUACACGUCAGAAAAAAAAUAUCUGUGGUUUUAUUUGUGAAAGCUGUACUUGAAACCCUUGAUUCCAUCGGCAGACUUGGGGAGCCAAUCGUUGUGUGUUACACCUGAGAUGAGUGCUUUACAGGCAAAACCUGUCCUUUGAUUGUGUUUUAUCGUGGCACCGUGCGCUGAAGUAGUGAAUUUAGCUCAUUGCAAGGCUUAAUAUUUGUAGGAGAAGCUCCAAAUACAGUGUGUCAUUAUGAGGGCAAAAAACAGCGUCUGUGUCCUAUUCAAAAUAGAUCUGUAACACUGACUUGCUGUUACAAAAUUUAGAACUUAAAGUGCUUUACUGUUGAUUAAGAAAAAUCACGGAGAUAAGAUAAACAAAACAUUCAUUCCUGAACACAAAAAUCUUUUUUUUUCCCUUGUAUUUGGGUAUUGUACCACCAUAUUUUAAAUCAGGUAUCAUUCAUGUUGAAUGACAUUUCAUCUCUGGUGGUUUGUCACCAGUCAGCCUUACUUUCUACACAUAAAGGUAACCAUACACUUGCCUGACAUUACAUCAUACAACAUAAAACAUAAUGCAUAAUGUGUAGUAUUCAAGUAAAGAUGAUAAAAAUCAUCAGUUCACCGCAUAUGUCAUUGCAAACCAAAUGUGCUGCUGUGUAGGUGUUUCUCAGGCUUCAUCAUUAGUGAUUUAUGUUAUUUAAAAUGUGAACUGUAAGCACAAGGCAGAGAACAAUAGAGUAGCUUAGUGUUGUUUUUGUAUGUAAAACUUAGCAUCUCGCAGUACACCUUUGCUGUGCUGGGUUACACGUUUCAUUUGUGGAAUGGGAGUAAAAAUCUUAUUUCAAAGUUGUAUGUCUAUGAUUUUUCUUAUGUUUAAUUUCAUUGGUUUUAGACUGUCUUAAAAUAAAAUUACCAUUGCCACUGAUUGCUUGAUUAAUGCACAUAUUUUUUAUAUAUUAAAAGACUGACAUGGCUCAUCCAA